AUGGCCCUGACCACAGAGUUGAGGACACAGCUACAACUGAGAGAGGUGGCAGGGAUCCCCCUGCAGGCUAGCACUGUGGACAACUGGAGCCAGAUCCAGAACUUUGAGGCCAAGCCAGAUGAUCUCCUCAUCUGUACCUACCCUAAAUCAGGGACCACGUGGAUUCAGGAAAUUGUGGACAUGAUUGAGCAGAAUGGAGAUGUGGAGAAAUGUCAGAGAGCCGUAAUUCAACACCGCCAUCCAUUCAUCGAGUGGGCUCGGCCACCCCAGCCUUCUGGGGUGGAAAAAGCCAAAGCAAUGCCCUCUCCACGGAUACUAAGGACUCACCUUCCAGUUCAGCUCUUGCCUCCAUCUUUCUGGGAAAAUAACUGCAAGAUAACCUACUUGGCAAGGAAUGUCAAAGACAACACAGUGUCCUGCUAUUACUUCCACAGGAUGACCACUCUCACUGGCCCUGGAACAUGGAAUCAGUACUCUGAAGCAUCUGUGAAAGGGGAGAUGCACAGGGGUUCCUGGUAUGACCAUCUAGAGGGAGAGAACUGUCAAAGGAUUGUUCAGCACACUUCACUCACAGUUAUGAAGACAAACCCAAUGACCAGCUACAAAACCUUGUCUUCUAAAGUUGUGAACCUCUACAUCUCCCCAUUUAUGAGAAAAGGGAUAAUGGGAGAUUGGAAGAGUUACUUCAAAGCACAGAAUGAGAGGUUCAGUGAAGACUGUGAGAGGAAGAUGCCUGGCACUUCUCUGACCUUCCACACGGAACUCUACAGAGAGGAAGACAAAAUCUAG